GCAAAGUAAAUGAUUGGGUGACAUGGCUGUCACUUUCUCCCCACACCGCGUCACUCUCCCUCCCACCAUCUUCUGCUCGAAAGUCACAAAAUCCGUUUUUCAUCCGUCUCUCAACUAAUCUCUUAUCUUCUCCGUCGCAAAUGCUUCAAGGGGUCUGAGAUCUCGAAGAUGCAGUCCCUGUUGCUUCAGUUCCUACUGACAUCAUUUGUCUUCUUGAGCUAUCUGAAUAGCGGGGAUGCAGGGAUAACGAGUAAGUUCACAAGGGGUGAGUGGCCAUCCACCGACAUCCCACUCGACAACGAAGUGUUUGCAGUUCCAAAGGGUCAUAAUGCACCACAACAAGUUCAUAUUACCCAAGGUGAUUAUGAUGGAAAAGCUGUAAUUAUCUCAUGGGUGACACCUGAUGAACCGGGGUCCAGCAAAGUGCAAUAUGGAACCUCGGAGAACAAAAAUGACUUUACUGCAGAGGGGACUGUGACAAACUACACAUUUUACCAAUAUAAAUCUGGCUACAUCCAUCAUUGUCUUGUGGAUGGACUUGAGCACAACACCAAGUACUACUACAAGAUCGGCAGCGGUGAUUCUUCUCGAGCAUUUUGGUUUACUACACCUCCAAAGGUUGAUCCAGAUACUCCUUACAAAUUUGGGAUCAUUGGUGACUUGGGCCAGACAUAUAAUUCUCUUUCCACACUUCAGCAUUACAUGCAGAGUGGAGCCCAAGCUGUAUUAUUUGUUGGAGAUCUUUCUUAUGCUGACAGAUAUCAGUAUAAUGAUGUUGGCAUAAGGUGGGAUUCAUGGGGGCGUUUUGUUGAGCAAAGUACUGCAUAUCAGCCAUGGAUUUGGUCUGCUGGAAAUCAUGAAAUAGAAUACAUGCCGUACAUGGAUGAAGUUGUUCCAUUUAAAUCCUAUCUUUAUCGGUACCAUACGCCUUACUUGGCUUCCAAAAGCAGCAGUCCCCUUUGGUAUGCCAUCAGACGUGCAUCUGCUCAUAUAAUCGUGCUCUCCAGCUAUUCUUCAUUUGUUAAGUACACACCACAAUGGAGGUGGCUCAAAGAAGAAUUUGAAAAGGUUGACAGACAGAAGACACCUUGGCUCAUUGUUCUCAUGCAUGUCCCAAUAUACAACAGUAACGAAGCACACUUCAUGGAGGGUGAAAGUAUGAGAUCGGUCUUUGAGAGUUGGUUUGUCCAUUACAAAGUUGAUGUCAUCUUUGCUGGCCAUGUCCAUGCGUAUGAAAGAUCAUAUCGGGUUUCAAACAUACGUUACAAUGUAUCGAGUGGUGAUCGUUAUCCAGUACCAGACAACUCAGCUCCCGUUUACAUUACUGUUGGAGAUGGAGGAAAUCAAGAAGGUCUAGCUGGAAGGUUUAUGGAUCCACAACCAGAUUAUUCUGCAUUCCGAGAAGCCAGUUACGGGCAUUCUACAUUGGAGAUUAAGAACAGGACACAUGCAGUCUACCACUGGAACCGCAAUGAUGACGGGAAGAAAGUGGCAACUGACUCAUUUUUAUUGCACAAUCAGCAUUGGGGAAACAACAUACGGCGGCGGAGAAAACUGAAGAAGCAUUCUUUAAGGAGCGUUGUUGUUGACUGGAUUGCCGCUGGAAAAUAAUGAAUUUCAGCGAAGUUGACGAAACUGCCACUAUAUUUGUCGAAUGGGACUCUUUUCCAUCUUUUGUUGGAUGAUGAUUUCACAUUCAUCAAAUCUGUCUUUGAAAUUCUCAUAAUUUAAAUUAUUAGUCAAAAUGUUUGUGAUCCUUC